AUGGACUCACGAUAUCAUUUUUCAGCAACGAUGCCCAAUCGUUAUGAACAACUAUCAUACAAUACUAAUCCGAAUAGUAAUAAUAUGAACAAUGAAAAUCGCUCUAAUUCAAUGUCAUCGCGUUAUUUUCAUCGAAAUCCACCUGUUUUCCCUCCACAUCAUCAACAUCGUAUACGUACUCCGCCACCACUAUUUUCCUCAUCAUAUUUAGGCCCAUUACAACAACAUCGGCCACGCUUUCUUUCUGCAUGGGAUCUUACACCAACACCAAGUAUUUAUCUUUCGUCACGCAAUAUUGCUACGACUACACCCACACCAACAUCAAUACCAACACCAACAUCAUCAGUACCGAAACAAUAUGAGGAGGGUGCGUGUAUCUUAAACAGUUGUGUCUUUUAUUUCACUCGUUAA